AGGGGGGCGGCCCGAGGGGAGCCCAGCGCACCAUCCCAUCCCUCCCCACACCACACCGACUCACCUCGCACUUACCCACCCACCUACCUACCGCCGCCCCGGACCCUCCGCACCCCCGGGCCUCGUCGGGACCAAGUUUGGGGACAAACUCGCCCUGUCACGCGGCCCCUUUCCUCGCGUACCUGACACUUCACCAUGGCAAAGGUAACAAAAGGCACUGUGACUAACUUCCCUGAUUUUGAUGCCAGAGCUGAUGCGGAGACUCUUCGGAAAGCAAUGAAAGGACUCGGUACUGAUGAAGAGAGUAUCCUGACUCUCCUAACAGCUCGGAGCAAUACUCAGCGCCAAGAGAUUGCAGGGGCCUUUAAAACUCUGUUUGGCCGGGAUCUUCUGGAUGACCUGAAGUCAGAACUGACCGGCAAAUUUGAAAAACUGAUCGUGGCCCUGAUGAAACCGUCUCGGCUCUACGAUGCCUACGAACUUAAGCAUGCUCUUAAGCAGGGAGCGGGGACAGAUGAAAAAGUGCUAACAGAAAUUCUUGCCUCCAGAACUCCUGAGGAGCUGAGGGAAAUAAAACAAGCUUAUGAAGAAGAGUAUGGCUCCAACUUGGAAGAAGAUGUCACAGGAGAUACCUCUGGGUAUUAUCAGAGGAUGUUGGUGGUCCUGCUCCAGGCUAACAGAGACCUCGAUUCUGCAGUUGAUGACGAUGCUCAAGUCGAACAGGAUGCUCAGGAUUUGUUUCAAGCUGGUGAACUGAAAUGGGGAACAGAUGAGGAAAAGUUCAUCACUAUUUUGGGAACUCGAAGUGUGGCUCACUUAAGAAAGGUGUUUGACAAAUACAUGACCAUUUCGGGAUUCCAAAUUGAAGAAACCAUUGACCGGGAAACCUCUGGUAAUUUGGAGCAGCUACUGCUGGCUAUUGUGAAGUCGGUUCGAAGUGUACCUGCCUACCUUGCGGAAACGCUCUAUUACGCUAUGAAGGGAGCCGGCACGGAUGAUCAUACUCUCAUGAGAAUCAUGGUUUCCAGAAGUGAAAUUGAUCUCUUUAACAUUAGACACGAAUUCAGAAAGAACUUUGCAACCUCCCUUCAUUCUAUGAUUCAGAAUGAUACAUCUGGUGACUACAAGAAGGCCCUCCUGCUGCUGUGUGGCGGAGAUGAUGACUAACGCUGCCCACAAACGGAAGGGUCCCCUCUGGUCCUCCCCUUCCCACCCCCGCCAACCUCCCAUCCCCGCGUUGCUGCCUUCCAGCAUGAUUAGCUGCCGUUUUUGUAUGUUAGUGCGCCCUGACCUGCCUUAAAUUACACUCACACUAGCAUGUCAAUGAUUCAAAGGAAAAGCGAGAACGUGUGGUCGAAAUCAUGUCAAUCUCCCGGCUCCAACUCCCCUCCGUGUUGAGGUCUGUCUGCCCCGCUGUCCGUGGAAUCUGAAAUAAUCCUUGACACUUACAGGCAUGCCUGGAAGAGGGGCACGUUCAUGGUUCGGCUCAUGAAAGCGAGCGGAAGAAACUCCGUGUAAAAAAUAAUCCUUAUUGGCUUCAACCUUUUUUUUUUUUACUUCAUUUAUGUUAAAUCACUAACCAUGAAGAUAUAGCUUUAAAAUCGUGACCUCCUGGCUGUGCCCUUAGUCAAGUUGUGUGCAGAAGGACAACGGAUACAGCCAGAAGUGUAAAUAAAAAUAGACACUUUCCUCAC